UCACGAUUUCCCCGUCCCCGCUCGAGAGGGCGCCGCCGCUGGCUCGCACCCGCACGAAGCCCUGCUCGGCCGGCCGCCGCCUCGAGCCCGGCCGCCGCUGCUCCUUCCGGCCGCUGACCCGCGCGUCCCGGCCGCCGACCUGCGCCCGCUCGCCGCCCGCUGCUCCCGGCCGCCGACCCACUCCUCCCGGCCGACGACCCGCGCGGCCGCGCCUCCCACCUGCUCCUCCAAGCCCCGCUCGAGCAGGCCCCUCCAUCCGGCCACGCCCAGCAAGACUCGCUCCACCACGCCCAGCUCCAUCCGGCGCGUCCUGUGAAGUUGAGCAGUCCAAGCAAAUCAGAUGGCUACACCAGGACCAGUACAGGAAAACCUGAUGCUGGAGCCCAAUAAGCCACGGGUCCUCCUUGCUGCUUCAGGAAGUGUAGCUGCUAUAAAAUUUGAGAGCCUCUGUCGUAUCUUCUCUGAGUGGGCGGAAGUCCGAGCUGUGGCAACCAAGUCAGCAUUGCACUUUGUUGAUAGAUCAUCUCUGCCCAGUGACGUCAUUCUUUACACUGAUGAUGAUGAAUGGUCUAGCUGGAAGAAGAUAGGGGACGAGGUUCUACACAUAGAACUGAGGAAGUGGGCAGAUAUCAUGGUGAUUGCUCCAUUAUCAGCAAAUACGCUGGGCAAGAUUGCUGGUGGGUUAUGUGACAACCUCUUGACAUGCAUAGUGCGAGCGUGGGACUACAAGAAACCACUCUUUGUCGCACCAGCCAUGAACACCUUCAUGUGGAGCAACCCGUUCACAGGGCGCCAUAUCGAGAUAAUCAACCAACUCGGCAUAUCUUUGGUCCCACCCAUCACGAAAAGGCUGGCCUGUGGGGACUACGGGAACGGCGCAAUGGCUGAGCCUUCGCAGAUCCAUACGACCGUGAGGCUCGCAUGCAAGGCACAAACAUUUGGUACAGGCAGUCCAUGUGUGAUGCCUUCCAGCAGCAACCCUGUCUAGCUGAUGCGAUGAUAGAUAUGUUCCAAGUGUUGAGCUUGGUACACCCCCCAUCUGGGUGUAAGAAGUGAAGAGUUAUCAGAUUUUUACUAGUGGUGUCUGUAUCAGUGAACAUGCAGUACCUAUGGAUCUGCAUAUUUAUUUGUGAGAUGUUAGGUCAUAGAGAUUGGGGAAAUGUUGUUGUUGUUCCAGCAUAAAUGUUCCGUGUUGUUAGUACUGAUGAAUCUACUUCCAUUAUAUCAGUAGUUCUAAAUUUCACUACA